UGAUUUCCGCACAUGCGCGUUUUUGGCCCUUAAACAGCCCUUUUUAUGCCUAGCGUUGAUCGACUAGCAUCAAACGAGCAUCAAGAUGCAGCUCUUCUUGCGUUCCCAGAGCACACACACCCUUGAGGUGACUGGCCAGGAGACAGUUGGACAGAUAAAGGCCCAUGUUCAGGGUCUGGAGGGUCUCCUGGUUGAGGAUCAGGCGCUGUUCCUUGCUGGGUGCCCACUGGAGGAUGAUGCCUCCCUGGCAUCCUGUGGUAUCUCAGAGAACUGCACCCUUGAAGUAGCUGGCAGGCUGCUGGGAGGUAAGGUUCACGGCUCUCUGGCCCGUGCCGGAAAAGUGAGGGGACAGACACCCAAGGUUGAAAAGCAGGAGAAGAAAAAGAAGAAGACUGGCCGCGCUAAACGUCGCAUCCAGUACAACCGGCGCUUUGUGAACGUGGUGCCCACCUUCGGAAAGAAGAAGGGACCCAACGCCAACUCUUAAAUGCCCAAAAAGAGAAACAUGAUCACCACCCAUCUGGUUUUACCUGGUUAAAUGUUAUCCUUCUGUACAGAAUAAAUUUGGCUUUGGGAAAAAA